UUGUCUUUUUUAAAUGCUUUGUCAUGAUGAAGCGGACAAAACCGGGUGCCUUUGGCGAUGAAAUACCAAUACUGCCCCUCAUCCCAUUCGUCGUAAGCGGACAAAAUGGUCAUUUCACGCAAAGCCUAUCCAUCCGCCCACACCCAGAAACCGAGAAAACCACUAGCCACAGCGCCUGCAUAUUUCAAAGCAAUUGUCUUCAAGCAGAAAGCUCACAAGCAGAUCGGAUAUUACCUCAGAAGAAGAAGGAACAAUUAGAGAUGAGUUCGACGAGCAAAACGUGGGUUGUGGCGGCGAGCAUCGGAGCCGUGGAAGCGUUGAAGGACCAGUUAGGCGUUUGCCGGUGGAACUACGCUCUCCGAUCGGCUCAGCAGCAUCUCCGGAACAAGACGAGAUCCGUUUCUCAGGCCAAGAGCCUCUCUUCGUCGUCGUCUUCCUCCUACUCCGCCGCAACCGUCUCGAGCAAGAUCAGGGACGAUAAGGCCAGGCAGGCCGAGGAGUCGCUCAGGACGGUCAUGUACUUGAGCUGUUGGGGUCCCAAUUGAUGAACCACGGACAGCUCAACAAAAAUCCGAAAGAUUACUGAACGAUUUUGCUUCGUGAAGAAGAUGUAUAGAAUGGUAUAACGAUGAGAACGAAUACGAAGAUAACGAUGAAGCCCAAAGGUUUUGGAAUCGGAGAAAUCUAUGGAAUCUAAAUCGUCGCUGUGACUCUGGAACCUCCGUCGAUAAGACGAUUAGAGGAGGGAGCAAAAUAGUGGGCCAAAUGUACUAUUUUCUAUGCUAUAUAUUGUACAGUGGGCUUUUGGGCCCAUUAGUAGGCCCAAUGUAAAUAUGUAUGUAAAACGAUGACGUAUAGUGACACGAAGGAGAUCAAGCCUUACUUUUGAACAGAGUUCUGCUUUCUCUGA